AUGGUACAUCACGAUGCUGAAAUCGUUAGUAAGACUAUGCAUAACUUUAAGACAAAAAUAGGCAAUGAGUACUCGACUAAAGAUGUACUAAAAGUGUGGGAUUGCAUUUCCAAAUGGAUUGAAAAUAAUAUAAGCCGAGACAAAGGAAUGUUGAUAAAAGGAAUCGGUUAUUUUACUGUGGCUCGAUGGGAGUUAAAUGAAAGCAAAGUACAUCCAAAUACAAUCAGAAAGCCGGUUUUUGUGAUUGAUGAAAAACUAGCGAAAGAUUUCAAUUUAAAAAGAACAAGACCGUAUAAUUCAGCAACCAUACCAGAACGCUAUUUAAAUGUUAUAACAAUAGCCCAGAAUUAUCAAUUAAAUAUCGAUAUGGUCACUCAUUGUUUCAAAGAAGUUGUUGCAGCGUUUAGAAAGUUACUGUUUGAAGAAAAAAAUUGUGAGCUUCCUUUCCCGAAAAUUGGUAAACUGCAAAUAAAAAACAAAAUGGUAAAAAUGAAGUAUUAUCAAGAGUUUUUAGAUCGACAAAAUCAGCAUUUAAAGAAUCGCAUAAUGGAAGAUAAAAAUAAAAAUCAAGCCAUCAACUAUAAUCCCGAUUGGGAUGCUGAUCAAUAUGAAAGCCGAAAACGACCGUGCUCCGCAAUGUCAACCAUCUCUCGUCCGGCGUCUUCGUUGUCACAGUACAGACCAGCGACCGGGUACGAAGGCGUGUUGCCCAAUAACGACUGCACAACGAACAGACCCAGCUCUAGACUGUCUGUACAUUCCACUAACUCUAACGACGACGCAAGCAUGAUGUGCAGACCUGGCUCAAGACAGUCGGUUUGUUCGUACAGUUCACACAAACAGGCUAGACCCCACUCUCGUCCAACGCCUUCGUCGUCACAGCAGAGAUCAGAGACGGGGUGCGAAGGAGUGUUGUCCAACACCGACGGCACAGCCAACAGGACCAACUCUAGACUGUCUGUACAUCUCAACGAUGACGACGACGACAACAUUAUCUGCAGACCCGAAUCAAGACAGUCUGUCGGUUCCAACACUUCACACCGACAAACCAGACACCGGUCCAGAUCAUCUCUACAGUCCCAUAAACAGACGACUAGUAGACCCUGUUCCAGGACAUCUGUCCAGUCAAUCGAAUUUGAAAGGCCUGUAUCCAGGUCUCGGGCCAUGUCCUGUGACGAGAUUCAUCAGACUAGACCGAGGUCAAGAACUUCAAAACAAAAUCGUCCGUCGUCUAGAACAUCAGUGCGACCAGUGAGAUCUAACUGCAGCAUGCUGUCGAAGCACGAGAAAAAUUCUUCCUCUGAGAGCUCAACUAAAUUAGUUGCAGAAUGCACUGAUUAUGCACCACCAGAAUUGGUGACACGUUGUGUGGUCGAUCCGACCGUUCGACCGUGCUCAAACUUGUCGACGUCAAAACUUAAAGAAGACAAUCACAGCGGUGACGAAAAAAACACACUAAUAUUUGGACCCAAUAGAGAUGAAACCCUCUGUCAGUCGUGUAAUCUUAGAGAAUAUCGUUUAAGACAAAUCGAUAAUAUAUAUUAUAUAUCUGAUUUAUCUCCAGCGGAUAAUAGAGAUAACUUUAUGAAAGGAGAUAAUUCAAUAAAUGGAAUUUCGAGCAAUGAAAAUUUAAACAAACGUAAAGAUCGACUAAUGCAAAUAUCCAACUAUAACUACAAUACUGCAAAAGAAUUAUGCAAUGCUAUUGAAAAUGAAAAAAAGAAAAAUCGAAAAGAAAAAAAUAAUGACAGCUGUAUUUUAAAAAAAAGACCGUCAAGCAUUACGAACUUUGAAAAAAGAGUCAACUUUAAGCACUCAUUACUAGAUCAAAUAGAAAAUAACAAGAUUAAAAAAGAAAAAGCAAAAAUAGAAUCUUUAAAAAGUGAAAAACUGAUGGAAAAUGAAUUAUUAAAAAGUCUCUAUGACGAAAGAAUAAGAAAUAUAGAAGCAAAAAAACGGUCAAAAGAAGAUUAUUUAAUCAUCCUUGAUGAACACCUAAAAAAUAAAACUAAAAUUACAGAAGAACAGAAGAUAAAAGAUAAAACAAUGACUCAAACUUUUAUUUUCGGCCCUGAUCAAGCUAAAUUGCAGAAAUUAAACAAUUGUAAACAUCGUCAAAUAGCCAAUUACCAAUUGAAACAGAAAAAUGAGCGAAAUCUUGAACUCCAAGAGCAAAAAGAGAAAAACAUUGAUUUUGAAAGAAGUUUGUUAAAUCGGCUUAAAGAAAAAGACGAAACAUUGCAAAGAUAUUUGUUACAAAAAAAAUUAAGCCAAAAGAAAUUCUUAAGUGAAGAUUUGAACAAAUUAUUGGCCAUGUCAAAAAUUGAGCGUCGUAAAAACGAAGUACCCGGUUCAUAUCCUAUGAGUUUUCCACUGAAAAAAACUGCAAAACGAUGUCGAAUAUGUAAAAAAAACGGGCUUGGAUUUCCUGUGGAAAAAAUAUCCAAGUUCAUGUACUAA